UGCCGAUGGAAACGGCGAAAGCCUGCUUUAUUUAUUGAGCUACAUCACAGGCCAAGAAAAUUGAAUGCUGCUGAACAGAAUUCAGUGAAACGAACAUGGCUUACAUGUAUAUACAGAUUACUUUGUAUUCAUCUGUUGUGUGAGAGUGUCACGCAACAUGCUCUCCCCUUUAUUAGGUCUGCUCCUUUAUAUGGAAAGUAUUGCGUUGCAAGUCUAAACGAGAGUUGUUGAUGACUUCUGACAGAAAUCACAUGACAAUAUUGUGACCGUAGCAGAUCGAAGACUACUAUUGCAUCAUGCUUCGUUCGCUCACUUUUCUUCUUCUUGUUGCUGUUGUAUGCCUAGCGCUAUAGUGAUAGCCAGUCGAUUAAGAGCAAAAUAAUCACUUUCUCUUAUCAUUUAAUGAUCAAACAGAAAGCUUCCAGGUACAUCCACAUGCACCAUAGAUAUCUGUAAAGUUUUGCUGUAGAUUCAUUGACGUCGUUGUUCAGUAAGGAAAUUAUACAGCUCACUUCCGCCUUUGCAGCAUGUUGGACUGAAAAAUUAUUGACUUUGCUGUCGUAAAGUUCUCCUAUAUGGAACAUACCAGUGUUGUCCACAUGGACAGUAGAAGGGAGAAUUGGACAUCAGAGGAAUUGACCAUCAACAACACAACAAGUGCUGCCUCUUUCAGACAGUCUAAUCUUCCUAUUUCACAAGACGUUUCACCUUCAUCAGAUUUUUCUGUACCAAAUAAUUCUACAGCUUUGUCAAGUGUUACUGAAUAUUCACAGUCAAGUUCUGUGGAUGUUUUCACGAGACCUCAUUUUGAAGGCUCACACUUGACACCUGGGUUGACCAUACCAACACAGCUACCAAUGGACAACACGAGGGAGAGUCAGACAAUGGAUGGGUCAACUUUGAACAACAUGACUUACACAUUUGGACUAGAAGAUGGUCAUCUACUAAAUCACAACUCAACUGCAUCAGCUUGUUUUGAAUCAGAAAGAUCUUUCACCUCUUUAUCAAGCAUCUGUGAUUCUUCUCAGUCACCUGACAUUAGCUUCCUCCCUAGUUUUGACUUCAGAGGGCCAAGGUUGACAUCUGGUGCGAACAUUCCACCACAAUUAUCCAUGAAUGACAGGAGAGAUGAUCAGACAGUAGGUGAUUCAGCUGUCACCGAUGUGACCAUGAUGUUUGGACCUCAAGAUGUUCCCUUGUCUAGAGAGAAUCCACAUGGAUUAAUAGGUCUUUUUGCACAAUAUAGUGCUUCAACUCAUUUAUCAAGAGUUAAUGAGUAUUCACAUUCCCCUGGCAUGAACUUCCCCCUCAGAUGUGACUUUGACUUUUCACCUGGUGUGAAGAUAAGAUCACAGCUGCCAAUGGACUAUAGUGGCUAUACACAAGGGGAGUCUACUGUUAUCAACAUGAUUGGUGAAUAUAGUUCUUCCUUUCCUCUGUCACAAGACAGUUGUACGCCAUCAACUUCCUUUGCACAAUUCAGUUCUUCAGCUUCUUCUUCACGGAAUGCAAAUUAUUCAUUGCCACCUUCUAUGCCCUCUCUCACUGGAUUUGACAUUAGAAGCUCACAAAUGACAUCUGGUGUGAACAGAUCACCACAGCUACCUACCGACAACAGAGGGGAGAGCCAGACCUUGGGGGAGUCAACUGUUAACACUUCAACUGGGUUAUGCAGACCUGUCAAUUUUCCAGCAAGGCCAGCUGUUCCUUUAUUAAGAAGAGUGAGUGCACCUCAGAGAACAUUUCAUCCUGUGCUUUGCAAUAGAUCUUCUUGGUCAAGAGUUGGUGGUUGUCCAAAGUCAGGAGGAAAAAGGAAAAGAAUGUCUCCUGGUUGGAGUGGCCAGGAUCCUAAGCAAACCAAACUUACAUCAACUACAGUGGACUCCUCAGUUUCAGACAAUGUGAACCCACCCCCACUAAGUUUUCGUCUUCCAAAGCAAAGUGAUCUUCCUCCAAAAUGCACUAUGAAGUGGGAAGAUGUUUCCAAGAAGCUUCCAAUUGAUAUUCUCUUGUUGGUAGUGGAGGACAGUGAGUUCCUAGCCUGUUAUCACUACCUUGAUAAACCCUUCAAGAGCUACCACAGUGAUAUUGGUUAUUUCUACUUAAGACUCAGUGGAGAUUUAAAGGUUGCAUUGGUGAAGUGUUGUAGUGGUGCUGCAGUUCCUGGUGGGUCUUUAACUGUUGUGAAAGAUGCAGUCAGGGCCCUGAGACCCAAGGCUGUAUUUUCAGUUGGUGCGUGCAGUGGUUUAAAUCGCCAAAAAGCCAGGUUAGGAGAUGUGGUAGUGUCCUCAAAGUUAACAACAGGUGGUUACAAAACUCCUCCAAGCAGACAUUUUAACAACCUCAUCAAACAUGCAGCUGAUGGCUGGAAUCCCCCAAUAGCAGACCCAAAUUCUCGGAAAGUAAAAGUACAUUCUAAUGGUGAGAUUCUGAGCAGUCAGUCAGAUGCAAUUCGUGAAGAGAUUAUGUGGAAGCAAAAUCCCAAAGCAGUAGCGGUAGAAAUGGAAGGGGAAGGUGUAUUUGCAGCUGCACAUGGUUUAAACACAGAAUGGAUCAUCAUAAAGGGCAUCAAAGACUAUGUAGGCGCUAAUCAGACUUUAGGUGGUGAGUGGAGAGAUUUCGCCAGUGUCAUGGCAGCUUCUGUUGUCGCGAAAAUUUUAAGCGAUCCUGUUGUAUUCCAAGAAUGGUCACAUUUCAAUCAAGAAGUUUGUGCAGUAAACAGUUUUGAUCUGAAGACUUGCCAGAGGAAGCUUGCAGAGCAUUAUCAGAGAACAGCCAAGAUACCCACUACUGUGUGGUCUUCGACGAUUCAGGAGAAUCUUGAUGACAUCUACAAUCGACUGUCUUUGGUAAAAGGAGAACAAACCAGGGCUGGAGUAUCAGGAAAGGAAAUGGGUCAUUACACUGAAAUGUUUACUGAGAAAUCUAAUAGCGGAGCUCCAAAGAAGAGAAUUCUUGUGCAAGGAGACACCGGAAUUGGAAAGACAACUUUCGUUAAAAAAAUGCUGUUGGAUUUAUCAAAUCUUGAUGAGGCACAGCUGGACGAGGAACAGAAAAAUGCGCUGAGGAGGUUUGACCUUGUUCUUGCUGUUGAUCUCAAAGAAGUCUCCCAGUGCCAGACUUUUACAGAAGUCCUAUGUAGUUCUAGUCUUUUUCCAGAAGACAAUAAAUCCAUUGAUGAUCUUUCCAGUUACAUCCUAACGAACGAAGAGAAAAUUUUGCUGGUAUUUGAUGGCUACGACGAGUAUCGCACUGGAAGCAAAGGAGAUGAACAGUAUGUCAGCAGAAGGGACUCACCAGUUUACCAAAUAUUUCACUGAUCCAAUCUGAGGGACUGUACUGUCAUGGUAACCACUCGAUCAUCAAGAUCUGACGAGUUGGAAGGUUCUGCUGACAUUCAAGCAGAGGUAACUGGGUUCAAUUUGUCGGACAGGAAGGUCUAUAUGAUGAAAAUAUUGAAAAACGAAGCAGAAGUGAGCGAGCUGUUCAAUUUCCUUGAGUAUGAGGAUAUGGAAGACCUAGCGAGGGUUCCGUUACUGAAUCUUUUUUUCUGCUUGCUAUGGGAGGAAGAAAAGGAGAAACUGAAGGAUGGAACCAAAAGUAAAACUAAACUGUAUCAAGCAAUUGUUAGAUUCAUUUUACAGCAUAGUCGCAGGAGGCGUUCUCCGCCCCAGGCCUCUAUGGUGAAAGAAGAGUAUUACCAAGAUAUUCUGGCUGAGAUAGGGAAAGUUGCUUUGGAGGGCCUACUGAAGGGAGAUCUGGUCUUUGAGUAUGAUAAAUUGUCUGCGGCAGUUCGUGGAGAGAAAAGUGUCCUAGCUGGUCUUCUUCAGUUAUCCGAGCACGGACCGAGUGUUGAACCAAAAAGAAUAGUGUCAUUUAUUCACAAGAGCAUCCAGGAGUAUUUAGCGGCAUGGUACGUCACCAACAGAUGUGUCCCUGAAGGAAAUCUGGGAGGAAUUGAAGAACAUGUUAGCAACUGGGAAAGGUGUAAAGAGUUCAAGCCUGUGUUUCAGUUUAUUUGUGGUUUGUCUGACGAGGGAGCAGGUAAGAUCCUUGAACACGUGAAGUCAGUCAGAAUCUCUAAUCCAGAGGUGGACUAUUCAAGGUUAGUACCUGAUUUUCAAGAAGAGACAUGCAAAUCACAGCCUGAUAUCACCUUGGAUCAUGAGAAGUUUAACUACCUUCUUAACAACUGCUUUGAGGAAGUUCAGUCGAAAGCUGAGCUGUUAGAUCUCUUUUUUGAUUGCUUUGGACGAGUCGUCCGGGUAAUCAGCUUUCUUUUAUCAAUUCUAGAAAAGAUGAAGAUGGAUCAUAAUAUCAGUCCGUUGAUACAUUCAGAUGUUAAAUUUGAUUUUUCUUGGAGUUUUCAACAAUUAGUAGUUGCUUACCCAGACAAUCUACUAAAGCUUUCUUUUUUAACGAACUAUUUGGAUUGCGGAGACACAAUAGUGAAGAUAGGCGAGAGCGCUGAAUCUAUCACACUGAAGGACUUUCUUGAGGAGGGUCUGAAAGAAAUAGACUGUUCGUGCACUUUCAAUUUCAUCCUUUGUUUUCACAAAGGACAGUAUCAGUUUUACGUAACAGAGUUAAUACUGAGAUGUAAUCACCAUGCUAAACUAUUUAUUGGUACUACAGCGUCUUCUGCACAAUCUCGUUCUAGAGACUGGUCUUCCGAACAAUCAUGUUUACAAUUCUUAAGAGUUUUGGAAUGUGAUAUUCUGAGUGGAGACAAAAGUUUUCAAUUCUGUGAUAUGUUCUGUGAUGUGAUGCAAUCUGUACCAAACCCAAACAACUGCCUUUUGAAGGUAAGUCUUCCAAGAAUAGACGAAGAAGAUUAUGAAGAGUAUCGACUGACAACUGCUAAAGUAGAAAAACUUUCCCGGUCGCUUCGGCCGUUUACCCGGAUCGAACGUUUUGCGCUUGACGUCAAUAAUUGCUCUGCGGCAGCUGUGGAGACACUGUUGACUAGUGUAACUCGUGCAACUCUUAAGGAACUAGACCUGCAGGGAAUCACUCUGACUCCAGCAGUGGCCACAGCUCUCUGUCGUUUGCUUCCGGAAACGCCGUCAUUGAGAAUACUCAGUUUAACUGAAAUUUACGUUAGCAAUAUUCGGGCGGAGGAAAUGUUUAUUGAAUUAAUUGACCGAGCGUUGCGUUCACCCUUGUUAUUCAAUUUCAACUUAAACUUAGUUUGACUGAAACUGACGUAAGUAAUAUCCAGCCUGAGAAAAUAAGAGCGUCCAUUGAAGUUUUUGACCAACAUUGCGUUUACCCCAAUGUUCCUAUUGAUAUUUUAGCCUUAGAGGCUGGCCUGCUCCACCUACGGCUACCGCCAUUUCCCAUUGCCUUCUAAAUUUGAACCAGGAAAUUUAUGACAUCAACACUGAUGAAGGGAAUUUGGUUGGUUUUUUGGAGAGCAUACGAACAAGAAGUGAUUUUGAAAAGCAUUUAACGAUAAAAAAUUGUGAUAAAACGAUUAAUAUCAUUUUAAAAUGACAAAAUUGCUAAAAGACGACGACGUUUCUACGUUUGUGAGUUCAGUCUAUAAAUACUAAAAAGUCAAUUGCUGAUUAAAAGCUGUAACGUGAGAAAAAGAUAAAAAUAUGAAACAAAAAGUUUCGUACGUAUGGAGUCCGUCUGGAUAUAUGAAUUAGGCUUAAGAUUCUUGAUGAAGAGCAUUUCAAAUAGUAAACAAUCAAAUUUGCCCUGGCACUUUCUUAAAACUGUGAAUUGGUUUUCUUUCAAGAGGUUGCUGUUAGCGUGAGUUUCUAAGAAGUGUCUACCGAUUGCCGAAUUUUUGUCCUCAGCAAUGCGUUGAUGAAGGUGUCGGGCUGUGUAUCCGACAUAAUCUGCGUCAAACAGAUCACAUGAAAAAAGAUAAACAACACUGCCUAUUAACAAUUGACGGCUUAAUUUCUUUGGGUUUAAGAUAUCGCCCCAAUUUCUUGCUCACGAAAACUGGAAACUCGAAAUACUUAAGCGAACAAAACAGAGAGAAACAAUGACGAAAGUAGCAUGGCAAGAAUUAGUCUUCCAUUUAAGAUCAAGAGGCCGCUAAUGCGGUCCGGAAGCAGUUACGUGAUCUUAGCUAUAAGAUUGGCCCUGCUUUGAAGCCAGUUUUCGUGAGCAAGAAAUUGGGGCAAGAUCUUAAACCUAAAGAAAGCGACAAAACUUUUGAGUCUGUAAAACAUGUUUGGGCCAACUUCUGUCAUCUUCAGUUAAUAACUGUACAAAGCGGUGGAAGUUGAAUUAACAGUAAAUAGUAAAAAGAACAAUGCUAAUUAUGAUAGUGAUAACAAGAAAUGAGGUGAAGCAUGAAAGUGUGAGGAAUAUUAGUCUACUGUGGUGUUCGGUGGUAAUUGGCUAUUUUUCAAGUAGUAUUUGUUCUGGUGGCGGCAUUUGGAGAUGAGUUCCUAUUUUUUGUUGAGUAGGCUGUCGCUGUUCGAUUUAAUUAUAAUUAAUUUUUCUGUUAGGCAAAGGUCGCAUCGUUUGGAGUUGUUGUUGGAGGGUCUGGCUCUAGUGAUAGCGGUUCUUUUUGAUGUUGUAAUCCCCGCCGCUAUCUUGUAGUUGCCAAAUGUACAAAUGUACUUUGCUAGUUCGGUGCUGUUACGUUAAUGGUGUAAUUUUUGAUUCAGGGAUGGUUGUUCUAUUUGAAUGUGAAUAGCCUCUUUUAUCUUAA